CUGUGAUGGCAGUGGCCUGGGCAUGCAGGCCCUUUAUUAUAGACAUAGUUAUUAGUGGCACCCUGCACUACCCUGCUUCUGCCACCGUUCAUUCUCUGUCAUAAUCAUAAUUCAACCGCGUAAAAAGGCUUUUACCAUUCCACUCCCUCCCCUUUUCUUCUCUCACUUUUUAGGCUCUAAACUGUCUGAGGUUUUAUUAGGAAACCCGGUCCCUUCCCCACUUUCUCUAACCUUUUUGCUCCCAAUUUUGUUUGUGCCACGCUUCCAUUUCACAGCUCAACAAAAUGGACGAAUGGAAGAGAGACGGACACAAUAUUCCAGCGUUUGGGAACUGGGAUUUCACCGAUGAGUUUCCAAUCACUUGUUAUUUCGAGUGUGCCACACCGGCCCGUCUUCAUAACAAACCUCGUCCUCUCCGAAAUCAUAUCAAACAGGAAACGAGGAACAAGGAGAGGCGGUGCCGACAUGUUAAUGGUAAUGCUAACAAAGGAAAAUUGUACGACGUAAGGGAACAGCAGAGGAAGCCAAUUAGAAUAAGCAAGCAUGUGCAGGUGCAACAAUACGACACCGUUCCACGAACUCCUAAACCUGUUGACGAAGAUCUCUAUAAGAUCCCUCCCGAACUCCUCCACACUACCAACAAACGGAAGAAAUUGCUGGGGUUCAUUUCCAAGUGUCUUGUACUACUUGUGUGUCACGAGCAUUGCUAAACUGGAAGAACUCCUAUCCAAUAUCAAUCUAUAACGCCGUCAUUCGAAGGAGUUUUUAAUAAUGAUGACAGUGAUGUGUCAAGCUAAAUAUGAAGUUUAGAUUUGGAGCAUGAUUUGAUGAAUGGAUGUAUUUUCCUUUUUAUUGGGCAUAGUUUCCUUCAUUCAGGUCAAGUCAAUUUACUAUUAUAUCAUUCUAGUACUGUUUGUAAUUUGUAAGUGGAGUGAAUGUCUAACGUUAAUUAAUAGUCAAGGCACCUGUUGGUGGCGACUGGCUGUGGUGAAGUUCCUUGUCGUGUCUAUUUUUUUGUUGGAAUCAUACACUUGGCACUUUGGUGGGAUUGCACAUUGAUGCA